AUGUCGAAGAACCACACCAAUAUUCCACUGCAUUGCAGUAUUUGCCCAAAGAAUCCUCAAUUCUCCGAUGUAUCUCAUCUUCUUACCCAUACUUCUUCCAAAGCCCAUUUAUCCAAUUAUUUUAAGCUUAAAAUCAGAGCUGCGUCGGAAUUGACAGCGAAGGUUCAACUGGACAAUUUUGAGGAUUGGUAUGACAAUUAUGAUCUAGAACGAUUAUUGUCCGAAAGACUCGCUUCAAAAGAUCAAAAGAAAGCUGCCAAGGACAGGAAGGUCAGGAAUAGCAAAACAAUGCCUGGGCCAGCAAAGGUCAAGAAAGAAAACGAAAAUAUUCAUGACAAUGAGGCCAAUUUGGCACCCAUGUUUCGAGCUCCUGUUCCAAGAAUGCAUCUUUGGCCAACUACAACAAACACCAAUAUGAGUAACAAUACGUCUACAUCUAACUCUGAUAUGGGAAGCGAGUGGGAUCACAGUGCUGUAUAUGCAACGCCCACUUCUAGACGUCAGAUCCCAGGUUAUACGCUUCAGAAGACACCUUCGGCAGUAGAAACGGCAUCAGUUUCUACCAAUCUUAUCACGCCAUUGAAGGAGGAAGGCGCAGAUGCCGAAAUUCUCGAGAAACUUUCAGACAGUGCGAAGUUAAAGGGUGUGUUCUGGCCUGGCAUGGAUCUCUUCGAUUCUGCCACAGCUGAAAUGAAACGAAUGAGAAACCAGAGAAAGGAUGGCUCAAUCCUUGAAUUGAUGAUGGCCGCUUCUGCAGAGGUCCAACCCACUGAAAUCUCCUACCACCCAGAUGGAGCAUUCCGGACUUCCAGAAAUAUUUUUGGUCCUCUUUCGACAGAGACUAGCCCUAAACGCAGAACUCGCAAAGCGGCCUUGACAGAUGUCAGUGUCAAUGUCCCCCGUUUAAGAGCUGGUCGACCGCCAAGGGACUCGGUUAGGAGCCCAGAGAAGCGACAAAUACCCGCUAGAAUGCGUCAGCCUGCUGGUCAACUUGCCUUACAGCCAACGCCAACUCUCAACCCGUUGGCAUUUGGCGCCCGAUUCACUCCGAGUAAUGAGGAAGAUGAAGAGUUCAGAAUGACCAUGGAAGAGAUGGGAGCUAAGAAGCGUUCUUUUAGCGUUUUUCAAGAUGCUCCUGAGAUUAGCCCAGGUCGCACAGAGAGUCCAUUGGAAGAUCACAGGUUCGACUUUUCGGAUGGCGCCUCGAAUAGCUUCACUAAUACGAACAUCGACGACCAUGUUUCUCCCACACCGGUUGUUAAACCUACUGCGAUGCGUAUGUUCUCCAAGGACAAUGGUCAAUCCGACGUCCAGGGCCGUCGAACCGUCUCAACCCCUCACCAUGGCUUCCCAGCUCAGAUGUUUUUUGAGAAUGCAUCAAUGUAUAACCCGCUUUACAGCCACCACCCGCGAUCUUUCUCAUUUGGGGGUGACCAUUCUGAUCUCUCCCAAAUUAGCCAGGAGCACAAGCCAAUGAAUGGUUUUGUUCAAGGUUUUCAUGGCAACUUCAACUCGGUCAGCCACGACUCGCGUCUACCUAGCAAUCAUUUACAUCUUUCAGGUUCCAUUACCCAUAGUGCGAAUGUCAACAUGCCACAUUUUGGUAUGUGA